AUGUUUUCUCCCGAGCAACAACAAAUUGAAAUAUGUUUACUAAAAUCUAAUUUAGAGGAAAUAGAAAAUGAUUUAGUUGUACAACGAUCCGCAAUACCGGCAUUAGAUGCUGAAAAUGAGCAAAAAUAUAGAGAAACGAUGUCUAUGCUCCGUGUGGCGCGCUCUCUUAAUUCGGAAAUAGAGCGACUCAAGCUGGAAAAUGUGCGAUUAACGGCUAAGCGCAUGCAGCUACAGCGGCGCUGCGAGCAGAUAGACGGCGCGGUGGAGCGAGCGCAGCGCACGCGCCGCGAGCUAGACGCCCAGUGCAAGCAGGAGGAUAGAGAUAUUGAGAUUGAGAUCCGGAAAUACGAAGACGCUCUUCGUGAUAUAGCUGAUCGUUUUAGAAACUCACGAGCCUUAUACUGCGAAGAAGACAUGAAGAGUGAGUUGAGAAUAAUCGAGGGUGUGAUAACUGAUUUGAAGACUGAGGAGCAAAGACGUACGGACGAAGUAAGAGAGUUAUCCAAUACUCUGAAGAAUCUACGCAGCGAUAUCCCAGAAGAUAUUCUGAUUAUUGUCGGAAAACCCGAGUUGGACAAUAAACUGAAGCGUCUGUCGACUGAAUGUGAUACAUUACAAAGGCAGAGUGAUUACGUUAUCAAGACGCGCGGUCAUUUGAGAAUGUUUUAGAUAAAUCUAAAAACUACAGUUAAAGG